UUCUUUUUCAUUAACUGUUUACAUCAUCCUUAUAGUAUAUAUACAACUAAUGUUGCUUACACUAUAAGCUAACUGUUUAACAAACUACUAACUACUUGUCCAAUCUUAUGACACUUGUCAAGAGUAUAGCCCUUAGAUUGAUUACUCCUUACAUAAAUGUUCCCACAAUUCAUAUCUUAUUGGUUUCUUUGCACCAGAGAUUUCAUGUUGGCUUGACGGUAUUUUAAAUCAAUUCCUGCAUAGCACUACAUGAUUUUAUAAAUACGUGAUUGACUUGAAAUAGCAUGGUACUGUAACUGCAUAUGAGUUUUCUCAUCAUGAAUGCCUAGUGUGCAGAGCAAUUCAGCCAUUUGAUUAUUCUAGUACAGGCUCUAUUUUUAGGCUUGGGCCAGCAAACUAGGUUUCCUUUUGGUCCCUAAUCCCUAUUGAUCUAGUCGAGUUCGUUGCAGACAUGGCCACGCGGUUUGGCUGUUUGCAUGGGCAUGUCUAGGAUUUCCAUCACUCCAUUCUUUGACAUUGCUUUAAAAAAGAUAAUAAUUGUUCAAAAUCUCAAUAAAGAUAAAAAUCGAUGUAUUUAGAACAAAAUCAAAUAAUUUUUUUUUUUCAAACGAUAUAUUUUGUUAUAUUAGCUAAUGAUGAGUUGAAUCAAAAUCAUCAUGUACGAGUUAAACUCUUUUCCACCACUAUAGUAAAAUGUCACUUGCCAGUCACAUAAUAUUAUUCUUUCACCUAAACCAUAACAUGCGUAUUUGUUUUUUUAUAUAAUGAUAUAUUGACACUAUGAAGUAUGAAAAAUACAUUAAUAUCGAACUCGUUAUUUACGAUAUUCGAACUCUAAUACACAUUAUAAAAUGAAACAUAUCAAUCCCGUCAACCACUAAUAUUAUAAUGUAUACAGAAACAUAUAUUAAAAAGGGAAUCAUUCUUCUAUUAAUAAUAAUCCCAAGUUGAGAAAAAAUAUGAGGAAAAAAUCAUAUUAAUUAUCCUACAUGUGAAACCAAACUAAUUACCAAGACUUCAGUCAUUGCCUAUAGGACUCACAGUCUUUCACUCAACUUCCACUUCUUCUUUCUUCUCCUCCUCAUUCCACCAUUGCUAUCCUACCAAAACCUAAUGACUUAACUCAAAAUUUCCUUCUCUUUCUCAUUUUCUUUCAAAAGAGAACAUUAUUUAAAGGCGGGCAGUGUGUGCGGCCAGAUUGUUUGCCCAUGGCUGGCUCUGGUUACAACAGCACUUGUUUGCUAUACCCUUCUCUUUUUCUCAUCAUUUUCUUCUCUUUCAUGAACCACCAUUUCCACUAUUUCCCAAUUCCUCACAACUCCACACUUUCAAACCACAAACGAGUCUCCGGCAAGUACUGCAACAACGAUCUCCAAAAUGCCAGCAGAAAUAGUACUGCUCUUGAUCAUGGGCCUACUAUGCAAGUGAAGAAGAACCAGUUUGAGAAAAUAGAAGAUGGGAUGGCAAGAGCAAGAGCCGCGAUACGAGAAGCUGCUCGAUCAAGAAGCUAUACGUCAUACAAAAACGAGGAUUUUGUUCCAAGAGGAUCGGUUUACAUCAACCCUUAUUCCUUUCAUCAGAGCCACAUAGAGAUGGAGAAAAGAUUUCGAAUUUGGUCGUACAAGGAAGGAGAGCCACCACUCUUCCACCAAGGGCCGAUGAACGACAUUUACUCCAUUGAAGGCCAAUUCAUGGAUGAAGUUGAGUUGAGUGGGAAUAGCCCGUUUGUGGCGAAAGACCCUGAUGAGGCCAUCGCGUUUUUUCUUCCCAUCAGUGUUGUCAACAUUGUGAGAUACGUCUACAGGCCUUACACCAGCUACUCUCGUGUCCGGCUCCAGAACAUUGUCGAGGACUACAUCAGAAUCAUAUCGAAGAAAUAUCCACACUGGAAUAGAAGCAAUGGAGCUGACCAUUUUCUGGUCUCUUGUCAUGAUUGGGCACCUGAUAUUUCGGCUGGACACCCUAAAAUUUUGAAGAACUUAAUUAGAGUACUCUGCAAUGCGAAUUGUUCAGAAGGUUUCCAACCAGUCCGAGAUGUCCCCCUCCCCGAAAUCAAAAUCCCGUUUGGAAAGUUAGGCUCUCCCCUCCUUACCCAUCCCCCUAAGAACCGUUCAAUCUUUGCUUUCUUUGCCGGCGGUGAUCAUGGAGACGUAAGAAAGAUACUAUUCAAGCACUGGAAAAACAAAGACAAGGAAAUCCAAGUCCAUGACUACCUCCCCAAAACCUUAAACUACACACAUAUAAUGGCGCAGACCAAGUUUUGCAUGUGCCCUAGCGGGUAUGAAGUUGCAAGCCCUAGAGUGGUUGAGGCCAUAUAUGCAGGCUGUGUCCCAGUGAUCAUUUCUGAUUCCUAUGCGUUGCCGUUCAGUGAUGUGCUUGAUUGGUCUAAGUUUUCGGUUCAUGUUCCGGUGGCAAGGAUACCAGAGCUGAAGGAAAUUUUGCAAUCAGUUUCUGAGCAUGAAUAUGUGAGAAAGCAAAAGAGGGUCAUGCAAGUGCAGCGCCAUUUUGUGAUCAAUAGACCUGCUAAGCCAUUUGAUAUGUUGCAUAUGGUGAUGCAUUCAGUGUGGCUUCGGAGGCUUAAUCUGAGGCUGUUGAAGUGAUGCCAAUUAAGUGGGGGGGUUUUGUACAAUUAUGCUAGAAUUUGUACAAUUGUGUUUUUGAGUAAAUAAAUUUUGUACCAUCUCGCAAACAACUGCGCUGCAUUAG